UCUCUCUCUGAUCCAGCACUCACACACCUGCACUCUUCUUCUUGAUGUCUAAGAACUGGUCAGACACAAAUACUGUCUUACCUCACUAUUUUCCUCUGCCUCUCUGGUUCUCUCAUCUAUUUUCCUCCUCCACCUCUCUCUCUAACGAAAAGGAGUACCUGUGAAUCUGAACAUUGCUGCUGGGACGACUGAAUACAGUUUAAUUCUGGAUUUGCUGUCACUCCUCAAAUAAUGACUGGGAACCGUCGAGCUGCCCCAUCUGCACUGGGCAACCCCAUUACCCCAACCCACUUACCAAAUGCGACAACCACCCCAGACCAAAAACAAUCUGGAGGCCACAAUCCCAACAAAUUUAUGAGUGAACUGCGCAUCAUCCACAUGCCAUCAUGGGCUGUUGCUGCCCUUUGCAUUGUGAGUUUGUGCGUGGUGCUUUCGUGUAUCGUGUGUGUGUGGAAGAAGUGCUUGAAAAAGAAGGACAAGGACAAAGAAAAGGACAAGAAAAAGGGAAAAGAGAAGAGCAAGGGAGACUUUGACACUGAAAUGGAUGGUGGUUACAACAAGCCGCUGAAAGAUGAAGGUAUCAAAGAAACAGAGCUGUCAGAUAACGAGCCCAAGGAGGAAGAGAAGCUGGGCAGGCUACAUUUCACAUUAGACUACAACUUCACAGAUAAUACGCUGGUAGUAGGCAUCUUGGAGGCUGCUGAACUUCCUGCGAUGGACGUGGGAGGCAGUUCUGACCCUUAUGUUAAACUCUAUCUGCUCCCGGACAAAAAGAAAAAGUUUGAAACCAAAGUUCAUCGGAAGACCCUCAAACCCAAUUUUAAUGAGACUUUCACAUUUAAGGUACUGUACACUGAACUGGGUGGGAAGACGCUGGUGAUGACUGUGUACGACUUCGACCGUUUCUCAAAACACGAUGCCAUUGGAGCUGUGAAGAUACCGAUGAACAGUGUGGAUUUCAGCCAGUCUCUGCAGGAGUGGAGGGAUCUGCAGAAGGCAGAGAAGGAGGAGAGUGAGAAGCUUGGAGAUGUAUGUUUGUCCUUGAGGUAUGUGCCUACUGCAGGAAAGCUGACCAUGGUGAUAUUAGAAGCCAAAAACCUGAAGAAAAUGGAUGUGGGUGGAUUAUCAGACCCUUAUGUGAAGAUCCACUUAAUGCAGAAUGGAAAAAGACUCAAGAAAAAGAAAACAACGAUAAAGAAGAACACUUUGAACCCUUACUACAAUGAGUCUUUCAGCUUUGAAGUGCCAUGUGAACAGAUAGAGAAGGUGCAGAUAGCAGUGACUGUGUUGGACUAUGAUAAGAUUGGGAAGAACGAUGCCAUCGGGAAGGUGCUGCUGGGUGCCAACAGCACUGGGACUGAGCAAUGCCAUUGGUCAGACAUGCUGGCUAACCCCCGGAGGCCAAUAGCUCAGUGGCAUAGCCUCCAGCCAGAGGAUGAAGUCAACGCACUAAUUUCCAACAAGAAAUGAAACUGUGACCUCCGUGGGCUAUGACUCCUUGCAGCAUUUACCUCAGCUACUUCCAAUUGAUGUUCCUAACUCUCCCAUAAUACCCCUAAAAAAACCUUUAAGCUACUUACUAAGUAAAAUAAUACCCUGUUUUACCCUUGACACUAUCCAAGUCACUCCCACAGACUUUAAGCCUUCUUCCUUCAGUAAUUCCCUCCUCCUGCUUCAACUAAUGUGCUACAAAGAGUUUUAAACAAAGAUGUAUCACAAUGUGCAUUGCUAUUAAACCAGAUGAGAUUUUUUUUUAAAAA